CAAAAGAGAGACUCUACAGCGGUGGGUAAUUCACUGGUCCAUAAGCGGUCUCCUGUACGUCGAAGCCACAAGACCUCAGCAUCUCUGACCAAGCUGUCGUUACAUGAUGGACAGAAAGCCAAAAAGCCAGUGUGUAAAUUUGAAGAAGGUCAGGAUGUCCUAGCUAGAUGGUCAGAUGGCUUGUUUUAUCUUGGAACUAUCAAAAAGAUAAACAAACUGAAACAGAACUGCUUCAUUAUAUUUGAAGACAGUUCCAAAUCCUGGGUUCUCUGGAAGGACAUACAAACAGGAGCCACUGAAAGUGGGGAAAUGGUCUGUACAAUAUGUCAGGAAGAGUAUUCAGAAGCACCGAAUGAAAUGGUUAUAUGUGAUAAAUGUGGGCAAGGUUAUCAUCAGCUGUGUCACACACCAAAUAUUGAUUCCAGUGUGAUUGAUUCAGAUGAUAAAUGGCUCUGUCGACAGUGCGUUUUUGCAACAACAACAAAGCGGGGUGGUGCGCUUAAGAAAGGACCAAAUGCCAAAGCGCUGCAAGUCAUGAAACAAACAUUACCCUAUAAUGCAACAGACCUUGAGUGGGAUGCAGGUCAUAAAACCAAUGUCCAGCAGUGUUACUGCUAUUGUGGAGGACCUGGAGACUGGUAUCUAAAGAUGUUGCAGUGCUGCAAAUGUAAGCAGUGGUUUCAUGAGGCUUGCGUGCAGUGCCUCCAAAAGCCAAUGCUUUUUGGUGACAGGUUUUAUACAUUCAUUUGCUCAGUUUGCAGUUCUGGACCAGAAUACCUCAAACGCUUACCCUUGAGAUGGGUAGAUAUAGCACAUCUAUGCCUUUACAACCUAAGUGUUAUUCAUAAGAAGAAAUACUUUGAUUCGGAGCUUGAACUCAUGGCCUACAUUAAUGAAAACUGGGAUAGAUUGCAUCCUGGUGAGCUGGCAGAUACACCAAAAUCUGAAAGAUAUGAGCAUGUACUGGAGGCAUUAAAUGAUUACAAGACCAUGUUUAUGUCUGGAAAAGAAAUAAAGAAGAAGAAGCAUUUGUUUGGCUUGAGAAUUCGUGUUCCUCCUGUGCCUCCAAAUGCUGCUUUAAAGGCUGAGAAGGAACCAGAAGGAACUUCUCAUGAGUUCAAAAUUAAAGGCAGAAAAUCAUCUAAACCAAUCCCUGAUGUGAGGGAAUUAAGUAAUGGUAUAGAAAGAAAGGGGAAGAAAAAAUCAGUAGGUCGUCCACCUGGUCCCUAUACGAGAAAAAUGAUUCACAAAACUCCAGAGUCGUCUCCUCUGGAUAAUGAUUCAGUUCCAGUGAUAGAGAACCCAGCCUUGGAAUUACCCUGCACUGUUGGGAAAUCGGAUGGAACUGCACAUUCAUCCAAUACCUCAGAUGUGGAAUCCACAGGUGCUGCCAGUAUGAAAGAAACUACCUCAUCUAGCAUUUCCAGACAUUACAGUUUAUCUGACUCGAGAAAAAGGACUCGUACAGGAAGAACUUGGCCUGCUGCAAUACCACAUUUGAGAAGAAGAGGUCGCUUUCCACGAAAAGCACUCCAGACUCAAAAUUCAGAAAUUGUAAAAGAUGAUGAGAGCAAGGAAGAUUACCAGUAUGAUGAACUCAAUACAGAGAUACUUAACAACUUAGCAGAUCAGGAGUUACAGCUCAAUCAUCUAAAGAACUCGAUUACUAGUUAUUUCGGUGCAGCAGGUAGAAUAGCUUGUGGGGAAAAAUACCGUGUUUUGGCUCGUCGGGUGACACUUGAUGGAAAGGUGCAGUAUCUUGUGGAGUGGGAAGGAGCAACUGCAUCCUGACUGUAGGACUGAACAUUAUGUUCACUGCACUGUCAUCUGUAAGUACAGUUCAUAAUGCAGAGCCACAAGAGAAACGUGUCUUUAAAUGUGUUUCUAAAAACAAAACAAAACCAGUUUAGCCUUAACAUGUAAUUGUUAUCAUUACAGCUCUUGUGAUAAAGACUUAUCUUUUUAAAAUCUGAUCUGAAACUUAAAUUUUUUAAUCUGAACGUUGUUAGAUUGUUUUAGGUUGGGAUAUUUUGGGUUACAAUUGCUUAAAAAUGUGCAUGGUGUUUAAAAAAAAAAAAAAAAAGACAUUUUCUAGAGAACAUUCCGUGGAUACAGUUAUUGUGAUUUAGAGAAAAUACUAUGUAGAUAGCACAAAUCUUUGAAAAAAAUUUUGGUUUGUUUUCUUACCCAAAUGUUUGCAGAAAUGUAUUUCUAUUUCAAUACUUUCUAGAUUUCAUAAGUGCAGUGUAUAUAAUGCCUACUGAAGACUGUAAAAUACUGAAGUUUUCUUUCAAAGUGUAAAAAAAAAAAAAAAAAGGAAAAAUAUAUUGAGCCUGUAAAUUGCUCUGUGACCAGACUUCAUUGUCUUCUUAAUAUAUUCUUUGUGUGUGUGCGUGUGCACGUGUGUGUGUAUAUACACAUAUGUAUAUAUGCACACACAUACUUGUGCGUGUAUAUAUAUGUGUGAUUGUGACCUAUGCAAUACAAAUUAUGGGAUUGGGCAGC